GAUUCGUUUUCGGGCCAUUUUACUGCCGGGGUCGCGGCAUACGCCGAGUCAAUCAACGUGGAGCUCAUCAAGGUGCCGCCGUCGUUAGUCAGCCAGCAGAUGUGUUGUGGAUGA